AUGGUUCAUAGAUCUUCGUCAUUGUAUAUCUUUGCUAUCGAAUUAAUCGCCACUGCUCAAAUGUGCACGUGUGUUUAUGAGAACAGCGUAAUGGUGAAAUACUACGGGCCUAUGGCGUUUUUCUUCACUGUGAUGUCAUUACUUACCGUAGGAUCGUUCAUAAAUCGAGGAGCCUUCGUUAGUCCGUUGGCUCCGAUCGAGGCCUUCUUCUACGGCAUUAUUGGGUACACACGACUGUUUCUUCUACUAUCAGCGGAGGCAAUCGGUGGUUACAGCGCUUUCCGCCUGGCUCGAACACUUUGGUAUCAUACCCUGUCUUAUUCCACCGCUCAUUUCGAAAACUUCACUAAUACUGCCUGUGCCCUCAACUACAAGAUUGCAUUUCCCUUGGUGAUUUGUUUCGAGAUACUUGGAUGCUUCCUCCUUCGCUUGAUUUUGCCAAAUUUACCUCUUCGUGGAAAAUCUUACACCGUCUCAGCAGUAGUCGCCGCUUUCUUGUCAUUCGGUAUGUCUUUUGUUUUAUUAUGCCCUUUGAUCGCUAAAUUUUUUUCUUUGAACCUUAUUUUCCAUCGGCCACACAUAGUGUAG